AUGGCGUCACGUCAGUCCCGGAAAAGGCAUAUCCCUGGAACCCAAACUCUGAGGUGGCCAUCGCCUGAGAGCCGAGUGUCCAAGCCUCAUGUCCGUCGACCGAUGACUGCAUGUGAGGCGUGCCGCACUGCGAAAGUCAAGUGUAACGGCCAGCGAGUCUGCGACCGAUGUAAAGACCGCAAGUUGCACUGCACAUAUACCAAGCCAUCGCUCAAAGAAACCGGAACAUCAUCUGAAGCUACUAGGAAUAUGGAAAAGAGUAUCCGAGAAGAAGUAGUCAAGCCUCAGUCCUUGUCAAAUAGCCAGGCCAUGCCAGAGCCAUCUGCAGAAAACCAGGCGUUGCCAGGCCUGACCUCGACUGAUUUUAGGGGCGAUGGAUUGCACUCCCACGAUGGAGACCUCGACAUACUUCCUCCAGUCCAUACUAGUAAUGGAAUAGAGAGUUGGGGAGAAGAAGAAUUCAAUCAUGCGUUGGAGGAGUUCGAUUGGGUCUUUUCAGAACCAGAUCUCAGCCUCGAUGUGAGUCGAAGUGCACCCGUGUGA